AUGGCGCUCCCCUGCCAAGCGGGCGGCACACGGGACGACCGCCUCUGCUGGAGGGCUCCGAGCCGGAGAAAGGAGGCGGAACGGGGCGGCGUGUUUUGGACUGACGCCUCGGCCCGCCCCGUCCUGCCGGCCUUAAAAUGGCGGCGGCUAGAAGGCGGGCGGGAGAGCAUCGACAACGCCGACAACGAUGAGGGCCUGCAGCAGGCUCUGCGCUUCGCCAUGGCGGAGUACAACAAGGCCAGCAACGACAUGUACUCCAGCCGGGUGGUGCGGAUCAUCAGGGCCAGAAGGCAGAUUGUGGCUGGAGUCAAGUACAUGAUUAAAGUUGAGAUUGGCCGGACGACCUGCCCUAAGCCAGCAGCUGAUCUCCAGAGCUGUGCUUUCCAUGAUGCACCGCAGAUGGCUAAGCACAACAUUUGCAACUUCGUAGUGUACUCUGUUCCUUGGCUAAACAAAAUGCAACUACUGAGCAGUAGCUGCCAGUAA